UGCUAGUCGGAAUCGUGACAAUAUAGAGAUUCCAUGGCAAUUUCUCUGCAACGUCCCUUUCCUCCCCUCUCCCGUUUUUUGGCUUGUUUUUAGAUCUCCGGUUUUUACCCUUUUUUAAAAUUCUCCAGACACUUAACCGUUCCAAUUCUCCGCAUUAAAGCCCAUUCAUUUUCAUCGAUCUUCCUAUUUUUUUGGGGACAGAAUAUUGAGCUAUGUAUGUGUAAUGGGGUCUGGCAAAGGAGCCACUUCGUCUUCAGAAGAUAUGGACAUGUCGAGUUCUGAUGUCCAUGAGCGGCAUCAACAGGAGUUAGUGAAUCUGACUCUAACAACUCAACCCUUCAGAACUUUUAAGUAUUUCAUUUUGGCUGUUGUUCAAUAUCUUAAGCAAUCAACAUUGUAUCUUUUGGCAAAAGGAGGGUGGCUUUUGCUCCUAAGUAGUGUGGUUGUAGCCGUUGGAAUUUUGCUUGUGACAGUUGAUGGUUCUCAUGAGAAGCAUGUUGAGGAACUUUCUGAAUAUUUCCAGUUUGGAUUAUGGUGGAUAGCCCUGGGUGUUGCUUCUUCGAUUGGCCUUGGUUCUGGUUUGCACACCUUUGUCCUUUACUUGGGCCCACAUAUUGCGCUUUUCACAAUAAAAGCAAUGAAAUGUGGUCGGGUUGACUUAAAAAGUGCUCUAUAUGAUACAAUACAGUUAAAAAGAAGCCCUUCAUGGCUUCAUAAGGAUUGCAAUGAAUUUGGAUCCCCAUUGUAUGGGUCACAGGUUCCUCUUAGUAGCAUUUUGCCAAAGGUCCAGAUUGAAGCUGUUCUGUGGGGCAUUGGCACUGCACUUGGGGAGCUUCCUCCUUAUUUUAUCUCAAGGGCAGCAUGUAUAUCAGGUAGCAGUAGCAGAUUGGAUGCCUUGGACGAAUUGGAUGAUUCCCCAACAGAACAUGAAGGCUUUUUCACUGCUCAUUUAAGAAAAGUCAAACACUGGUUCUUCACGCACUCUCAACACUUGAACUUCUUCACGAUUUUAGUGCUUGCUUCGGUGCCAAAUCCACUCUUUGACCUUGCUGGCAUCAUGUGUGGACAAUUUGGGAUUCCAUUUUGGAAGUUUUUUUUUGCUACGUUGAUUGGAAAGGCAUUUAUUAAAACUCACAUACAGACAGUUUUUAUAAUUUCAGUUUGUAAUAAUCAACUGCUGGACUGGCUUGAGAAUAAUUUGAUUCGGGUACUCAGCUUCAUGCCUGGUCUCGCUCCUCACUUGCCUAACCUCAUUGCUAAAAUACAUACCAUCAAAGCAAAGUAUCUCAAACCUCAGGCCUCUUCAAGUACUCAGGCAAAGUCGUGGGAUUUCUCAUUUGCUUCGGUGUGGAACACCUUUGUGUGGCUUAUGUUGAUGAACUUCUUUGUGAAGAUCGUGAAUGCAUCUGCCCAGACAUAUCUGAAGAAAAAACAGGUUAAAGAGCUAGCAGCAAUGCAUUAACUAACAAUUCAUAAGCAUCGACUUGAUCAAAUUAGGAAUGUUAACAAGUGGCUUGAUAUACAUAUUGUUCUCUCAUUUUCUUUUCAUAUAAUUUGGUAAGGAGGAUAAUGCGAUGGCUCCCGCAUCGCUCACAAUUGUUCAGCUUGAAAAUCAGUCUGCUUCAUCAAAGUCCUUUAUAGAAUUUGCUUUCUAUAGAAAAAAGGAACACUAUUCAGACGAAGUAGCAGAUAUAAUUAUUCUAUGUCACGUUGGAGAAAGCACGGUUUAGUUAGGCGCUUUUUUUUUACCUCAUUGGGAAAGUAGUGGUGAAAUUGGAACAUAUUCAACUGCUAUUAUUAUUCUUUUGCAAUUCAAUGGCAAAUUACUGGCCCAUUCCUCGCC